UGCUGGAGAAGGAUGGCCGGACACAAGAGUUUCCUUCCUCUCCCACAGGAACUCUCCAGUCAUUUCUUCUUGGGUGAUAAACAACUUGUCAAUGCAAUCAUCCAAUGUCUGAACAUCUCCGAGAGAUCUUUGCUGGAAUUUACUGAAACGUACAUUCAAAGUCACGUCAGUGAUAUAGUCUUCCAUCAUACAAAAAGGGAAACUUUGCCUAAAAAGAGUGAUCACUCAUAUUGGUCUAUUUGUCAAGGGCGCAUCAACAAGUACGAGGCAAGCAUUGCCAUAUGCGUUCCAGGCAUAUCAAUGAGUUCUCUUCAGGAUACAAAGAUGGAAUGUAAGAUAAGGAACGACAUGCUAGAAAAUGAUUUUAAAAUUCUUUUAGGACUACAAAAAGGUGAAACUCAUAUCAACGUCGUUAGACUACUGGCCUACAGUGACCUAAAGAAUUCCCUUCCUUUCUAUGUAAAGGAGUACCACAGAACAGAAAUAUUAGAUAAACUUCUAGAAAUACGAGGACAAAAAACAAGAUUUCCCGUCCUUUGGUUAAAUAAUCGUUUAAUUGAAAUGUUGAGCGCCCUCAAAUAUUUGCACGGCAAAAAAAUCAUCCAUCGUGAUAUCACACUUCGGUGCUUUCAUCUUGCACGAUUCUCAGAAACCGAAGAGGAUGCAGCCGUUUUGUAUGAUUUGAAUCUUGCACGUUAAAUAGACCCCAGCAUGACAACGACUUGUGAUCAGGUAGCAGGUAAGAUGACAGAUAUGCAGGGAGAUGGCAUUCCU